CUUCCCUCCAUCCUUCUGUCCACCCCGUUCUUCUGCUUCGAGUAACGCUGCUUUCCUCGAGCGUAGCGACAGCAGCUUCUCAAUACAGACAAAGAGCUGAACAAUUCAUACAUUUAUAAAGUAGUUAUUUAAAUGUGAGUUUGAACAAAUGUUUUGUUUGUUUGUGAACGUGCGUGCGUGUUUUGUCUGGAUGAAAAGUGCAUGUUUGUCAAUUUCAGCCCAAUCAAAGCUAACAGACCCUGCAGAACGUCCACUCUCUUCCCGGACGUCCUCGCUCUCAUAUCCAUUUGCCCCGAAUUGCUCCGUGUCCUCGCCUCGUUGCCGAUGCAGCCAGCCGACCAGAAUAAGAAUCUUGAAGGCCGUGAGCACCACUGCAGCUCCAGUACCACAGCCAAGUCCACGACAUGCAGCUCGGCAUUGCUAACCAGCUCCCCUCUCCUGAACCCAUCAUCAUUACCCUCGUCGUCAUCGUUGACACCACCCUCUACAACAGAUGCCGCCUCUUCUACGCCGCCAAUAGCACCAUCACCACAACUCUCUAUUGAACCAAUAGAUUAUACACUCAAACCAAGCAGACCAGGCUCCGAGCCUCUAGUCUGCGCUGAUUUCGGGCCCAUAUCCCUCUCUGCCAUCGACCCUUAUCAUCUAUUGACCCCUGGCGAUAACCACAGCAGCCAUAAUUUCGAGCCAGAGAGCACCAUGCUGAUGACAAUCCCCCAGGAUUGGGCCCAGGAAAAUUUAGAACGUCAGGUUCAAGAAAAUCAACUGUGGCUUCAGACCGCUUUCCUUCAUAAUCAGUUUCACCCUCAACAACUUCUACCAGUUAUGCACCCUUCCUCUCAUCUUCAACCUUUCCCGCUACCACCACUAACACAGUUAUCGUCAUCACCGUCGCCUUCACCAUCAUCACUGCCACCACCACUACCUCCGACAGCGCUCACUCUUCCUUCCCCUCCCCUUGUUGCUCCUCUAUCAGCUCCACACUUGAUACAAUAUGAGCAUUCCCACUAUGACACUCAUCCUAACCAGCAAUCGACCAGUGGUAUUGAGCCUUUUUACCAACAAUACCACCAUUUAUCUCCACAGCAGCAACAAAGCAUGCUCCAGCAACAAACACAACAGCUGCCGCUACAGCAAUAUCAGAAUGGCGGAUCUUAUGAGAAGCGAGGUCAGUUCUUUCCAUGGCCUGCUUCCACCACAGCUAUGACGCCUCUUCCAGGCAACUUCGGGCCAUUGCCUUUGGCAAACACGGGGACACUCACAUCUACAGCAAAUCCCCGGAUCACUUCGCGUCCAUUUCAGACGGUUGCGUACACUGGCCUAGCAGCAGCUGCUAAGCAUAACACCAAGCGGGCAGCUGAUGACAUGCCCACGUCUGAAAGUUUGAGACCGGCCCAGCGACGGCGUCUCGGGGCCUCUCGAGGCCUAAGCAUCUCCUCCGAGGCCACGGUGGUAGCGCUACCAACAGUAGCGCUCAGAGCGGCACCACAGGCAAUGGCGGAGUCCAGUCCACGGGCCACACAGCCUCCGACACUCCUUUCCCCCAUAGCUAGCAAGGGGGCCGCAAAGUGUCCACAUUGCGGCAAGGAGUUUCAGUCCAAAGGGCUCCUACGCUCUCAUGUCGUAAGCCAUUCGACAGAAAGGCCGUCACCUCUUGUCUCCACCACCUAUUACACCGCUUCUCCGCGUGGAAGCGGACGUAACCAAAUAGGCGGGACUCGUGAUGGAAUUAUGGAACGCAUCAAGCUCCCGCCUACAGUUGCUAGCCAAAAUAUCGUAACAAAUCACCGGGAUAUUUAUCCAUGCCAUGAAAUGAUGUUUUUAGGCAGUGGCAGUGGACUUGCUGAUCUUUCAGCAUCUUCAUCUAGAUCAACACUGAACCCAUACAGCGGUAUAAAUUAUAGCCACUGCCAGCAUGUGCUUCCAGUGUAUCCUCCACACAGCUGUGGGUCUGUCGAACUAGGCCAAGGAGUGAGCCUUGAUCCUUCUUCUUCUUCUUCUCCUUAUAUACUAAAAUGA